GUCUGCGGACUUCCCACAGACAGUUGUAUGUUUCAUAAAAAUGCACUCUGAUGCGGCAAAUUUUCAGCUGAAUUCCCACUUGACUACACUGGCCAGCAUCCAUAAGAUCCACCACACCUUGCACAGGCUGAACUUGGCAGAAGACGUUGGACAGGACAGCCACCCCUCAGCUUGUUGCUCUAAAGCCAUGCCUCCUAGGAAAAAGAGGAGACCCUCUGCUGGAGAUGACAUGUCAGCCAAGAAAAGUCGCCAGGACAGCGUUUUCAGAAAACAUGAAACAUCCCAAAUCCGAGAGGAGGAGAUGUUUUCUAGUAAAAGAUGCUUGGAGUGGUUCUAUGAAUAUGCAGGCUGCGAUGAUGUGGUGGGUCCAGAGGGCAUGGAAAAAUUCUGUGAGGACAUCGGGGUGGAGCCGGAGAAUGUGGUGAUGCUGGUUCUUGCUUGGAAGCUGGAUGCCCAGAGUAUGGGAUAUUUCACCCUUCAGGAGUGGCUGAGAGGCAUGGGGUCAUUGCAGUGUGAUUCGACUGAGAGGCUGAGGAAUUCACUUGACUACCUGAGAUCUGUCCUAAAUGACAGCACCAGCUUUAAGCUCAUUUAUAGAUAUGCCUUUGAUUUUGCUCGGGAAAAGGAUCAGAGGAGUUUGGACUUGAACACAGCCAAAUGUAUGUUGGGGCUUCUUCUGGGAAAGACGUGGCCUUUGUUUCCUGUGUUUAAUCAGUUUCUAGAGCAAUCAAAGUACAAAGUCAUCAACAAAGACCAAUGGUGCAAUGUUUUAGAGUUCAGCAGGACAAUCAACCUGGACCUCAGCAACUAUGAUGAAGAUGGUGCCUGGCCUGUUUUGUUGGACGAGUUUGUGGAAUGGUACAAAGAAAGACAGAUGUCAUAACUGCAGCGCAAAAAUGGGAAAGUAGUACAACUGUGACAACAACGACUCUGAGAAUCAAUAACCAAUAAGUAACCAAUACAAAAAAAAGUAAAGGAGUGACUGUGGGUGCUUCCUGGGGAAAGGAGGGGUUUGGGCUGUGGGUGGGCUAGGGUGGGGUUGCUGGGUUUGCAGCCUGCAUGCACGCUGCUCAGAGCGUGGAGGCAGGAGGGCUGCUGUGCUCCCUACCGAAGUUGCGUAGUGGGCAAGCUUGCAGCAAUCUCCAGUGGCAUUGCUCUCUCACUGUGACAUGUCAUAUUGCUGUCUGUGUUAGGAUAACGUGGUGUCAUACAUGGAUGAUGGAAGCAAAAUGGUAUUGUGUGGGAGAACCACUCCUCACCCCUUGUCUUCAGCACAGAGAAACUGAGAGAAGUGACCAUUCAUGCAUUGUGUCUGAGUCUUAAAUAGGGUCACUUUGACCUGGGCACAUUAAAGUAUUAUACAUCUGUGCAAUGAACUUGAACUUGAGCUUUUCUGGACAGAUAGCACUUAAUUUUUUUAUUUUUUAUUUUUGUCAUAUUUUGAGUUUCAUAGGAGUACUUCAAGAAGCACACUGUGUCAAAUGGUUGAUUGCAAGUUUCUAUUCUAUUGAUUUGUGCCAGUUUGUAGUUGUUUUUUGUUUGUUUUCUUCUUUCCCCUCCAGUUUUGAUUGCUUC